AUGACUGGUCAGAUGAAUCCUGAGAGCAACGGGCUCUCCAACCAUAGGCUGUCAGUGAAGACCACCACGGAUGAGGAGCUUGAUCGAGCAGAGAGUGCCCUCAGCAGGACACAAUCAGUAUGUGAUGACACGUCUUCUGAAUUGCAAAGAGUAGCUGCCCUGGAUGGUAGGGAGCAAAAUUCACAAAAUUCCUUCAGAGGACGUGGGGCGCUGUCUCGAUUGGUGCGAGUGGUUGUAACUCUAAGGGAGUGGGCGCACAAAAGUCUACAGGAAGAGCAACAACGACCCGACUCCUUCCUGGAACGUUUCCGUGGACCAGAACUACGGCCACCUCCCACUCCUGUGAACAAACCUGGCCCCGAGAACAAGGAAGGCAAAACACCAGCCAAAAAGAAAGAUCCGUUUGUUGUGGACCCUGCAGACAAUGUGUAUUACUGGUGGCUUUUGGUAAUUGCAGUACCUGUACUGUAUAACUGGUGCUUGCUGGUUGCGAGGGCCUGUUUUGAUGACUUGCAGUCUGAAAACCACAUUCUGUGGCUGGUUUUAGAUUAUUGUUCUGAUUUGGUGUACAUUAUGGACAUUGCAAUUCGACUGAGGACAGGUUAUUUGGAGCAAGGCCUGCUGGUGAAGGAUCUGGCUAAACUAAGGGACAGUUACAUUCACACUCUGCAGUUCAAACUGGAUGUGCUUUCCAUUCUGCCAACGGACUUAGCAUAUAUUGCUACAGGACUAGACGUGCCCGAGGUCCGAUUCAAUCGACUGCUACGCUUUCCUAGAAUGUUUGAAUUCUUUGACCGUACAGAGACACGCACUAACUAUCCAAACAUUUUCCGCAUAUUUAACCUUGUACUUUAUAUUCUGGUUGUAAUUCAUUGGAAUGGCUGCAUUUACUAUGCCAUCUCAAAGGCAAUAGGAUUUGGAGAUGACACAUGGGUAUAUCCUAACGUUUCAGAUCCUAAUUAUGGUUACCUCGCUCGUGAAUAUACUUACUGCCUGUUCUGGUCUACUCUUACCCUGACCACAAUUGGAGAGAUGCCUGCACCAGUCAAAGAUGUAGAAUAUCUCUUUGCCAUUUUUGAUUAUUUAGUUGGUGUCUUGAUAUUUGCUACUGUCGUCGGUAAUGUAGGCUCCAUGAUUGCCAACAUGAAUGCUCAACGAGCAGAAUUUCAGUCUAGGGUGGAUGCUGUUAAACAUUACAUGCAAUUUCGAAAGGUUAGCAGGGAGAUGGAGUUCAAGGUUAUUAAAUGGUUUGACUAUCUAUGGACUAACAAAAAAGCUGUGAAUGAAAAAGAAGUACUGAAGAAUCUUCCAGAUAAACUUAGGGCAGAGAUAGCAAUCAAUGUUCACCUGGCAACUUUAAAGAAGGUUCGUAUAUUUCAAGACUGUGAAGCAGGCCUCUUAGUGGAAAUGGUUCUGAAACUAAGACCACAAGUAUUUAGCCCGGGAGAUUACAUUUGUAGAAAAGGAGACAUUGGGAAAGAGAUGUACAUCAUCAAGGAAGGGAAACUGGCUGUGGUAGCGGAUGACGGAGUCACUCAGUAUGCCCUUCUGACGGCAGGAAGCUGUUUUGGAGAGAUCAGCAUCCUUAACAUCCAGGGAAGCAAAAUGGGAAACAGGAGGACAGCCAAUAUUAGGAGUAUUGGCUAUUCUGACUUGUUCUGUCUUUCAAAGGAGGAUCUGAUGGAGGCACUUGCAGAAUACCCUGAUGCCAAGAAAGUGCUUGAAGAAAGAGGUCGUGAAAUUUUAAUUAAGGAAGGGUUGCUGGAUGAAUCCUUAAGUGCUGGGGGCCAUGGGGAGGCGGACGUGGAUAAGACGAUUGAAAAGUUGGAGAGCUCACUGGACAGCCUCAACACACGCUUUGCAAGGCUGUUGACAGAGUACAACUCAACACAGCUAAAGCUGAAGCAAAGGCUAACCAAGCUUGAGGAGCGUAUCAGAAACACGGGCAGCGAAUAUUUGUCGGAUGGGAUGGACAGCAGUAAUGAUUUAGAUGGGACCAAAAAUGAAAGCAACAACCAGUAA